AUGCCUUCCCAUGUACAGGCAUAUCCAGAAAUAAACAAGAUCAAUAAGCGCGAUACAGUGGGAGGCGUUAGCACCACGCUGCGGUGCCCCUGCUGUGGGUACUCCACAACGUCCAGGCGACACAUGGAACUUCACGUGGCUACUCACACUGGGGAGAAGCCCUUUGCCUGUCCACACUGCCCCUUCAGAGCUGUCCAUAGCGCCAACCUCAAGACCCACAUUCGGACCCACACGGGAGAAAAGCCCUUUGCCUGCCCUUACUGCCCGUACUCAGCCGCGCAGAAGGAAAAGUUGAAGGCGCACAUCCGCACUCACACCGGGGAGAAACCCUUUGCCUGUGAAUACUGUCCUUACCGUUCGACCCGGAAGGACCACCUCAAGUCCCACGCCCUUGGAGAUGAAGUUUACCAGCGAGCGAGCGCUGAAGGCCGGCGAGAGAUCGUGGUAGAAGGAGGCACCGGAGAAAUGCGAAGUUACGAAUGCUCCUUCUGCAACUACCGUUCGUUCAAGCGGUUCAACUACGAACGCCACAUGCGGACUCACACGGGGGAGAGGCCAUACAGCUGCCCUCACUGCCCUUAUAGAGCCACGCGCAAGAUCAGCGUCGAUCAGCAUAUGAUUCGACACCAUUGA